UAGGACGCACCGAUGAAAAUUUCCUAAGACUUCUGCCAUUUCAUUCGUCAAUAACUAGUGAAUAAACUAGUGUAUUGCAGUUGAUCUGAUUCAAUCUGAUUGCAGUAUUCUUGUCAUGUGCUCUGUGAGCAAUGACAAAAUGUGGUAAAUCCCUCAAUUAUUAGAUGUAGUGAUAUCUAUAUUAUACACGUAUUGUACAGUUACACAGUAAGCUAUGCGUUGGAAAGUGCUAAAAUCCAAGUACAGUAUUAUUUCAAGCCAGUUACAUGAAUGAGGUGGAGCUAUGUUACUGUCAUAUUUUAUGCAUACAUGGAACAUGAAUAAUUCUUUGAAAAAAUUGGCUGAAAAAGGCAUUAUUCAAGAUGUAUCAGACACCACAAUGUACUAUGAUUACCUGUGUAAAAGUUGGUUAAAGGAAUCUGAUUACAAAAACCAUAUUUUUAAGUCGAAGCAUCAAUUUGCAUUAUCUGCAUUUAAAAAAGAAUUUAAAAUACAUGGUGCUACUGUGACAUGCAGAGUAUGCGAAUUUGAAGGUGAUUGGCCUGCUGCAAUUUCUCAUAAAAGAGAGUGUCAUGGGUCUCCUAUUAAACACCCUUCUCAUGAUAUGUAUGCAAGAUUUCUUAUGAAUACCAUUAUUAAAAAGAAGCAGCAGUACUAUUGCCAUGUAUGUUCAUAUGAAUUAUCAAACUGCCUUACGACUCUUAAUCAUAUUGAAACAUUAAAUCAUCAAGACGAGAAAGCUAAGCAUGAUUUAUCCAAUCCAUCAUUGAAGAAAGAUCUGCUGAAGGAAUGUGAUUAUAAGCGCAUUGUGUAUGGUUGUAUAUAUAUUGGAGACAAUGGAUUUUUCAUAUGUUAUACUUGUAAAAGCUAUCUAUUGGACAUACCAAGUUGUUUGCAGCAUCUUGAUUCUUGUUCAAAUGGAGAUAUAAAAAAUCUAAACUUAAAUUGUAAGGUAGAUGAUUCUACAUCUGAUGAUAAUGGAUCCAAUAAAACAUAUAAUACCAAUGGAAAUUCCAAUAUGCUUUCACAUUUGGUAUCACAAUGUACUCAACAAACAGAUUUGAGGAUUACAAGGUCACAAAUAAGGCAAGGAAAUGUAGUGAAAUUAGUACCAGAAUGUAUGCAAUCUGAUGUGAGUGCUAUCACUCUUGUUAAAAAAUUAAUUCCACUCCUACCCCAGAAACGUGAGAAAAAAGUGAAAACAGGAAAGAUUCCUGAAAUUGAUGAUCAUUUUAAUCAAAAGUUUUUAAAAUAUCAUGCCGAUGAUAUUGAUACAAUGGAUGGAAUAGGGAAUGCAGAAAUUAAACUGAGCACACAACGAUCAGUUAGAAAAAAAUCAUCCUAUAUACACUGUCUGCUUUGUAAUAAGAAAAUAAUGGAUGAUAUUCAUUCUUACUAUCAACAUUUGCAUACCAAUUACCACAUUAGCAUUCUCACUUCAACUGAAGCAAUAAAUGAUAAAUGCAACCGUUGCAAGGAAAAUAAGAAAAGGGGUAAAACUAUUGGAGAAAUGAAAAGAGAUAUAAAUUUGAUAGAAGAGUUUAUUGUAUUACAUAACACAAAACAGGUAAAUUGUGUCAUAUGCAACUGCAUUUUUUUGAAUGAAACAGAUGUUAUUCGUAAACAUACGUUGAAUAAACAGCAUAAGGAGAAUCAUGAUUACGCACGUAAAGUUAGUGAGCAGCUUUUCGAAAAUGUUGUAUCAUUUUCACUUAAUUGGUAUAACACUUAUAAAUAUUAUUCAUGUUUAAAUAAUCAAAAAUUUAAAUCAGAUAUUGACUUUAAAGCUGUUCUCAAUGAAUAUGCUAGUAAACCAAAAGAUCUAUCAAAGGUUUGUAAUUUACAUGAUGAGAAAAAUCAAUUCAUGUCAUGCAUAUAUUGUGCUACAGUAUGGUAUGGACCACCAGUUACUCGUUUUGAGCACUCCUCCAAUAAAAUGCACCUGUAUAUGAUGAAAAGUCGUGACUUUUUGAAGUUGGAACUAGCAAGUGGUGUUAAUUAUUUUUUAAAAAAUUUCGAGCAAAAGGCUAGUGACAUGGUCUUAAAUGCAGAUCUAGUUCAAUCAAAAGAGGAAGAUAAGGUACAAUUAAUAAAAUGCUUGGAAGACACAGUGAAAAAUACAUAUCCAAAUGUAAAAGCUCAUGCUUUUGGAUCAAGAAUAUCAGGAACAGGAUUCCUUGAUAGCGACAUAGACAUUUUUCUUGAUUGUGAAGGAAACACUUACAAGGGAGAUAAUACUACGUACUGUCAAAAAUUAUAUUUUACUAAUGUUGAGCAGUGCAUAAGGAAUAAGCCAGAAUAUUGGGAAGUCAUAGAAUUAUUACCAAAUUCACGAACUCCGAUAAUAAAAUUGUAUCACAGGGACACAGAAAUAAAAUGUGACAUAUCUUUUUCAAACGGGCUAAGCGUUGAGAAUACAAAACUACUGAGAUGUUUCAAUAAUAAAUCUCCACUGUGUCGAAAGAUGAUUCUCUUCUUAAAAAAAUGGCUCUCUCUCUGUGGUCUUUCGGGUCCUUGGAAUAUAUCAAGCUAUUCUUUAGCUUGGUGUGUAAUUUUUUAUCUACAAAAGGAACAUAAAGUUUUUCCUAGCAUCGCUUCGCUGAUUGAAAAAAAAAAUCAAUCUCACAUUGUAGCUGGUUGGGAAACAGGAGUUUCUUAUGAUUUCACCAUUAAUAGUACGAGUGUGACUUUUAAGGACAUUUUGAUUGGAUUCUUCGAUUAUUACGCAAAAUUUAACUACAUGGAUAACGUAAUUUGUCCUCUUUUAGCCGAUGUCGUUCUAAAACGAUCAUUCGCAGACUGGAAAUGCCUUUCUGAUAAAAUGAGAAUUUACCGAGCACAGUUAGAAUCUGAAGUGAAAGCAAAAUAUUUUCGUAUUGACUCUCCCCUGUGUCUACAAGAUCCUUUUGAUCUUUCAUAUAAUAUCACAAUGGCUGUGCAAAAACUGACGCUUAAUAGAUUCCGAAAAUAUUGCGAACAAAGUGCAAACGUGCUGAGGAAUAUUUGAGCUUUGAUGAUGUUAUAGAAUCAGCAAUGCAGGACAUGAACAAGUUAUAGUACUUUGUAUUUAUUUUGAAUUUAUGACAGACUUUUAGAAUUCAUUAAAAGAACAAUAUUUUUUUAAAGAUUGUAAUACUUUUAUGAGGUAUAAGACAUAUAUAUUUGUAUAACAUAUAACUCGAAAUCCAUAAAGGACUUUAAGAAUUGACACAAAUAUAUUUUUUAACGAUGUUUGAAACUAAUAAACUUAAAGAGUCACCAAUUUUUUUAAUUGACUGAUUCUCAAAUAAUAAAAGUUA